GCUAGAAUUUUGCAAACAAGCCUUGACUCUUUUUGCUCUGAUCCUUUAACACCUAAUGGAGCAAAAUCCAUUUUCAGGCCCUGAGGACAACAACAACUUCCUCAAACCCCUUUAUCUGGAUAGGGAACAUGUUGUUAUUCCAAGGAGGUUUUUACGAGCCCAUCCAUAUGUGCUUGAGGAGCAAACUGCUAAUCUCACAGAUCCUGUGGGUAAUGUUUUCCAGACAAGAGUCAUGGGUCAUGGGAAUGAGAUUUGGUUUGAGGGUGGGUUUAAUUUGAUGCGUGAAACCCACCUCAUCGAGGGGACUGUAUACAUCCACUUCACACACGUUCAGGAAUCCUCAUUCAAUGUGCGUAUAUUUGAUGUUAGUCAAGUGGAGGUUGAUUAUGCAAACCCCAUACAACAACAUCAGCAAGUGGAAGACCCACUUGCCUGGAUUUCUGACCUUACAAGGCCUCUUUGUACUGGGAAGCAACCUUUGGUAAUUUAAGUAUUAAUUUUUUUUUUCAUGUUGGGAACCAAUCUUUGGAAAUUUAAGUAUUAUUUUCUUCCACUUUAA